AUGUCCAGGACCCUGAGGCUGGCCCUGCUGGCUUUGGCCUGCACUGUGGACCUGGGCCAGGCCAGUGGAUUCACAGAAAAUGGCCUCUCACUGCUGAGCUACCAGCUGUGCAGCUACCCGGUGACCCGAAAGGUCCAGAAGCUGCAGGAGGUGCAGACCUCCCACACAGCCUACGUGCACUGUGGAGGGUGGAUCCCAUGGAAGAAGUGUCCCAAGACCGUGUACCGGACCCAGUACCUGGCGGUGGAGGUCCCUGAGUCCAGGAAUGUGACUGACUGCUGCCAGGGCUUUGAGCAGCUUGGCUUCUACUGUGUUCUAACCCUGAACCGGUCCCAGGAGUUUGCAUCAAGACCUGGGGUCUGCCCCACAGCAGAGCCAGAGUCAUCUAGACCACCGUGCAGCCUGGACACCGACUGCUCUGGACUUCAGAAGUGCUGCUCCUGGUCAGGGGGCCGCCACUGUGUAUCCCCUGCACUCACAGGUACACAGAGAACCCUGGUGAGCUGGUACAAUGUGACGGUGCUGGUGAAGAUGGGCUUUGAGGAUCUCCAACGAGAGGACCCUGGCUUCCGGAACCACACUCGCCUGCUCUACUCUUUGGUCACCAGUGCCUUGCAGCCUCUGAACCCAGCUGUCCACUACCUGAACUCAACUGGUGGCAGGGACACAUUCACCACGGAGUCAUGGCUGCUGCUGGGCCUUCCACAGCUCUUGACAGUGGCCAAUGUCUCUGCCAUGUUGGAUGACAUGGUGAAUCGAGUCUACGAAGUGAUCAGCAUCCAGGUGCAAGAUGUCAACGAGUGCUUGUACAGUGAGCUCCAUGCCUGCCCUGGGGGAGAGCACUGUCUGAACACGGAGGGCUCCUACCAGUGUGUCCCCACCCAGCAGCUGCCCACCUUGCCUUCCCAGCCGCCGAACCACACAGAUGAAGAUUGCCCUCCAAUCCGAGACUUCAUGGCGUUUGACGUUACCAGCGGCAGUUUUCACGUGUCCUGGAGCUUGAAUUCCUCUCAGAACCACAGUUUCCACGUUCAGGUGUACAAAGGCCGAGAGCUUCUCAGGAGCACCUGGACAGAGAGCCGGACUCUGGCUGUGCCUGGGCUGGAGGCUGGAGUUCUGUAUGGAGUGAGGGUCAGCUACCAGGGGUGCGGGGCCAACAUCUCUGCUGCGCUGGUUGUCAAGACAGAUGCCCGGGUUUUCCAAGUCACAGUACGGAUCAUGAACCGGAACCUGACAGAACAGCUUCUCAACUGCAACAGCAAGGAAUUCUGGAACUUUUCUCAACAGCUCUUUCAUGAGGUGGAAAACUCCUUCCCCCAAGUCAUUUUUGACAUGUACAGACGAGGGAAGCUGAGGCUGCAGAUCGUGUCCCUGCAGGCGGGGAGCCUGGUAGUGACUCUUAGACUCACCCUACAAGAUCCUGAGUUUCCAGUGGGUGUCUCCAUGCUGAGGCCCAUGCUCCAGCGACUGUCUGAAAGCGCCGUGUUCCAGGUUGACCAGCAGGGGACGUUAGUGAAAGACUGGGACGAGUGUGCACACAGCUCGGAACAUGACUGCCACCCAGAUGCCCGCUGCGUCAACCUGGAGGGCUCCUACACGUGCCAGUGCCUCACGGCCAGGGAUGCCAGCCCUUCCCGGGCUGGCCGGGUCUGCGAGGGUGACAUGGUGACCCCCACAGGAGGUGAACUGUCCGUAACAACAAAGGUCACAGCCCCAGCUGUCAGUCUGGGAGUAACAUCCUUUGGCCCAGAGACCCUCACCUUAUCACCAAGUCCCAGGCACCCGAGGAGCACCCCAACAAGAAGCGAAGCCUGGACCCCAGGGCCUCCAUCUAAGAGAGACAGUAGCAGCACAGCCAGGCAGGAUAGAGAUGGCACGGGACAAGGUGCGGAGGUGUCCACCAUGGACCCAAGCCUGGGGACGAGCCACGGAAAUUCCAGCGGGGUGGCAAGCUCCUUUCCCAGGGCUCCAGAGCCAACCCACAGUCCCCCCCAGAAGUCCACAGAUGUCUCACUGCACCCCACCGGAGAGCCACAGGAAACCUUCACCACAGACCCACCCUUCGUGGCUCCUUCACCCACGGGCUAUGUUGUGUGGCACCCCAGUCCCCUUUGGGAGACCCCUCCUCCGAACUCCACAAGACGGCAGAAUGAAGACCCUGGACCUUCCUCCUUCCCAGGCUUGCCACCGGCCUCAACCCCUGUGGCUCCAGGGCCCCCUGCCUGUGUUCCUGGACCCAUUGGAAAGGUCACCGUCUCCAACGUGACCAGUACCGGCUUCUCCCUGAAGUGGUCAGCGGCAGACAUCAGCUCCUCCCCUGCCUUCUACCUCACUCUGGUCCCUCCUCGGGGACCCGCCGUAAUUGUGGAGACCCGGGACAAUAACGUGACAUUGUCAGGCCUGGAGCCCGGAGCCUUGCACCUGGUAGAGAUUGUGACUAAGUUGUGUGGGAAAGAAGGUACCAGAACACAGCUGAGAGUGCGGACGGUGGCCCAGAAACUUGCUGGUGAAGUCAGGAUAGCAAACAUCCGGUAUUCAGAAUCCCUCCAAAAUGCCAGCAGCAGCGAGCACCGAGACUUUGUACAGUUGUUCUUCAGGGCGGUACGGGACUCCAUGCCAGCCACGAUGUGUCAGCAUAUGGACGCAGGCAGGAUCCGGAUGGACGUCAUCAAUGUCACAAACGGCAGCGUCGUGGUGGAGUUUAAUUUGCUAAUAAUGGCAGACCUGGAUGUCAGGGAGGUGUCUGCCGCCUUCCUCACGGCCCUACAGAACACAUCGUUGCUGGAGGUGGUCAAGGGAAAAACCUUUAUACAAGAUUACAAUGAGUGUGAAAUGCGGGAGGAUGACUGUGAACCUGGAACGUGCAGAAACACCUUCGGGUCUUUCACGUGCAUCUGUGAUGGGGGAGGACCUGGCUCGCAUGUGGAAUAUUCUGGAAGAUCCUGUGACGGCGGCCCUUCCAGCAACAUAGUGCAGACCCCAGGCCCAGAAUGGCUUCCUACCCCAGUAGGAACUAGAGGUGCCCCCGUGCCAGAUGCCAGCUCCGUGCCCCAGGACCUGCCCCUGCGGCUGACCCUGACAGACGCCGUUGGGGUGUCCUGUGAGAUUGAGACAGUGGUCAUCACCAUCCAGAAGCAGUUUCUGCAGCAGGAGGCCAUACCGGAGGCCUCCCUGUACCUGGGGGAGCCCUCCUGUAACGUGAGCAGGAGCAACGGCACACAUGUGUUCCUGGUGGCCGGCUGGGCCGAGUGCGGGACCCUCGUGCAGAGCAACAUGACCAGCACGGUGGUGACGACCACGCUGAAGAACGACCUGUCCCCAGAGGGUGUCAUCCACCACCUGCAGAUCCUCAGUCCCAUCCACUGCGCCUUCCGCAAUGACCUCCUGACCUCCUCAGGCUACACCCCACAGUGGGGGGUCUACACCAUUAUCGAAGACCUCCACGGCACCGGGAACUUUGUCACCGAAAUGCAGUUGUUCAUCGGAGACUCUCCCAUACCUCAGAAUUACAGCGUGUCCGCCAGUGAUGAGAUCAAAAUUGAAGUGGGCCUCCACAGGCAGAAGAGCAGCCUUAAGGUGGUGCUCACUGAGUGCUGGGCCACGCCCUCCAGCAACGCCAGGGACCCCGUCACCUUUGGCUUCAUCAACAACAGCUGCCCGGUUCCCAACACCUACACCAGUGUGAUCCAGAACGGCAACUCCAGCAAGGCCCAGUUCAAGCUUCGAAUCUUCUCCUUUGUCAACAACUCCAUCGUCUACCUGCACUGCAAGCUGCGGGUGUGCCUGGAGAACCCCAGGAACACGUGCAGAAUCAGCUGCAACGACUUCCGGUUGCUGAGAAGCAGUGAGGCUGAGCACCAGAUGUCCUGGGGACCCCUCCAUCGGUCCGAAGGUGAACCUGCACGUACAAAGCCCGUUCUGGGGACUGGUUACAUCGUGAUCAUUGCAGUCGCUGCGCUUACUGUGGUGGCAGGGGCUACAGCCCUUCUGGUCUGGCAUUUCCAGAGAAUGAGGGGGAAAUACAACCUCAGAAUCCAGACCGAUGACUUCAGCUACCAGGUGUUCUCUCAGUAGGAGACCCAGCUGAGCGGGGCACGCUGUAAAUGAGGUCCAGCAAUUAAUUCAUCAGUCAUUGGCAGGACUCUACUCUGGGCAGUGCUGUGUUAGACCUUGGGGAUGAACGCCCCUUCCCCCUCAGAUGAUGGCAACCUCAGUCUGCCCCCAAAAGGCUGAAGAGGCAGAGCAACACCCACCAGGGCAGUGACAGGUCUGCUGGAUAUGUGUGCAGAAUGCUGGAGUGGCCUUCACCCUCAAGCCCAGCAUGAACACAGUCUCUCCAUCACCCAAGCUGCUGGCACAGCCUUCCCAGCUUUGACACUCAAGCUGCCCACGUGAUGCCUCUUGUUCCCCAACAAUUAUAUGGCACAUCACCUCUGCACAGACAUUUGACAGUGUCUGUGAAGGAUCCGUCUGAUAAAUUCUCCACUGUGUCAUUGUCUACACACUAAGACCCUGACUCAGCUGUCCUUAUCACUUAUGCCGUGACUCAAGACAUCCUAGACCAAUAUGGGAAGCUUUCUACUAAGUGAUAGUCGCGUGGUGUGUAUGCAUCGCUCUUCCAUUUUCCAAGCACAUCCAUGGCCAUUUUCCAUGUAACCCCAUGAAGGGGAAGGGGUGAUUUACCCACUACACCACAAGAAAGAAAGCAGGGAAGGGGUGAUGGGGUGUGUGUGCCAUGCUAACAGGCUCUCUACUUUGGUGUUUUGAAAGACCAGAAUUUGUUAGAUAAUUAACACCUAAGGCAAUAAUGAGAUUAGAAUUGCAAUGGGGUCUUAGCUUUCCAUUGAUACACUGUUGUCAGUAACACUCACUUCUGUUUUAUGUUAUUGUCACCUGUGCAGAACACUUAGAGGAAUGGGUCUUUUUAUUUGAUUCCAUAGUCUUGGAGUAAGAAUGAUGGCCAGAAACCCGUGGCUAGCUGAUUUCAAGCAAUAAAUUUCUCAUGCACUGAA